AAUCUACCUUAACCAUUGAAUGGCAUGCAUGCGACAUUUCAGCUUGAGACGUGAUAACCAAACUUUGCUCCUGAAUAAGACUAUUCAGUUCUGAUACGUUAAAUUUUUAAUAUUAAUUGGAUUAUUUGUCAAAUUUCACAGUAUUACAAGAAUGUCUGGCCGCGAAGGUGGUAAGAAAAAGCCCCUGAAGGCACCAAAGAAGGAAUCAAAAGUAUUGGACGAGGAAGAUGUAGCAUUCAAGCAAAAACAAAAGGAACAGCAGAAGGCGCUUGCUGAAGCUGCAAAGAAAGCAAGUCAAAGGGGUCCUCUUGUCACUGGUGGUAUAAAGAAAUCUGGCAAAAAGUGAUGCAGUUAAGACUGAGAAUAAAUAUAAUUAUCUUACGCACCGUGUUCUUAUCAAGACAUGAUUUUGAUAUUAUCAACUAGUAUACCAUCUGGAACAUGUUUCAGAUUUCCAACUCUGAGAAAUGGUUAAACAUUUGUAAAUAAAACAUUUAUGGAUUAAAUCAUAGCAAUAUACGUAUUUCAUAGGUA